AGAAGAAACGAAAGUCUUUUGCGGGGAGCAACUUCGAAAUAAUGUCGGAGUCCAGAAAAGAGAGCGGCGCUUCGCUGAAAGUGCGAUUUCUGCGUGAAUCGUUUCGGGGAUUCAAAUUCAAGAGAUCGCGCGAAAAAUCGCGAUCAAUUGUGACUCUUGUUCUGAUGAGUGUACUAGUCAUCCUCUUUGGAUUCACUAUAUCUGGAACUGCGGCGGCGAGUCUGUCUAGUCAGCCUGAUUCACAGGACGGUUGCGACUGGUCUGGAAGCGGCUUCGACCUCGGUCCGGACGACAGUGGCGGCAUUCGUCCCUUCGACGGGGCACGGGUGUUUGUCGACGACGGCGCGUCGUUGCGCCCGGUGCUGCUUGCUGGCGACGGCCAGGACUUGAGACGUCCCCGAUGCGUCGUGUCCGUCGGCGGCGUCGUCGUGCUGUACGUGGAGGCGGACGGAGAGAGGCGCCAGUUCCGACGCCGCGUGGCGGAGUUUGACUACGACAUCACGCCGGUGACCGGUGGGAACAGCGUCGUGGAUCCGGAUGAAGUGGUGCGCGGGAAAAUUCUGCGGGUGGCCGACGAACCCGACGUGGACCGGACCGAGAUUGUCCUGUCGACAACCAAGACCUUCAGACAGGGUUCCCUGUCGCCAGAUGUAGUGAAAAUGGGGUUCUCUCAUCAGCGUCACACCAGCGAGGCCCGUAUUUUCGCACCCGUGCACUGUCGGGCCAAGUCCGGGCCCGGCGAGUACCUGUUUGCGGGUCGGUCCCGAUUCGGCGACCCGUGGCUCACCUGCGCCGCCACCAUGUCGCAGUGGGUGAAGCUGGUGCGGGGCGCCAAGGCGGCGCCGUGUGUUUUGGAGGCCUGAAAGAGUGAUGGAAAAAGGAGACGCAUAUGCAGGUGUUUUUUUUUUUUAGGGUUGGUUGUCAGCUCCUGUCUGUCCGAGAUGAUCAAAAAAAGCCUUUCGGGGUAUAUUUGGUUUUUUCUUGAAUAAAAACACUCAGGAUAGCGAACGCCUCGCAUAAUUGUUGCAAAAUUUUGAUUCAUUCCUUGGAUGCGAAGCUUCUUCAAAAUUAGAAUAAAUUUUAUGUUGGAUAGAAAAUUAUUAUGUCCCCUCUAAACUGUUCAAAGAAGAAACCCUUUCGCAUCAAUUUAAUGAAUGAUUGAGUUGAGGUUGGGAGUGGUUUUUAUUAAUUAGCAUCUGGAUCUCCUGAAUUUUUUUUGCAUGGAAUCAAUUCCAUAUUUAUUUACCGUGAUUAAUUGGCAUGCUUUGAGAAAGUGAGAUUUUUAAAUUAUAAAUGAGCAUCUGAGUCUCUUCACCGUAUCUGAAAAGCAUAAACACAUAUUGGUCAUGAUAUUUUUUUGCAGUCAUCUGUGAUUGAUGCCAAUUAUUUUUUUGCUCUAAAUACUGAGACUGCACAAAAAAGAAUUUUCGUUUCAAAACAAUCCAAGUUUAAAUGUGAGGAACGGGGGUUUCCUCAAAAAAGUUUUAUAAUUUUUUUUUUAAAGAACAGCAAAUAAAUUUGAAGCCAUUGGAAUUGAGCGUUCGUCGAAUGAUGAACCUUUGAUAAAUUCAGCAUCUUUAGAUUAAAUUUGGCAGACAGGAGAGUGACAAGCCUUCUUUUGAGUUUAUAUUCGCUUGAGGCGUAGUGUGCAAUCGCGAUUGUCGUUUUUUUUUUGUCAAUCGCAAAAUUUCUACGAUGAAAAUUUGAGGAAAAAGAUUUGUGAUGUGUUCGAGCUUUCGGUGCGUUCCACUGCUGUUCGUUGACCCAUUUUUUUUUUGGUACAGUGUCUUUCAACGAAUUUAUUCAUUCAUUCUGAGCAUUUAAUGACUGCGUUUUGCCAUAGUUUUGAAAGACUUUGAACUUCUUGAAGCAGUUCAAUUCAUAUUUUUGAGCAAGACUUGAUUUUUCUGUAUGUUUUUCGAAAAAUAAUGGCAACGAAUUUAGGCUUCGUUUUUUUUUAUGGUCGCUUUGUUUUUCAGCAGGCUUUAGUUCCGUUUCUCUUUACUUUUUCAAGUGCCAUUGUGCUAUUCGAUACGGUUUUAAUUUUUUUUUUUUACAUAAUGCUGGCAACUGCUGUGUUGAUUUGCUUUUCUUUUGUCGUACACAUUCCGUAGGGCGUCGUUCAUUUGACAAAAUCGUUUCUUUUCUUUUUGAGAGGAAUGAUUGAUCGCCGGUUGCGUUGAUCGUCGCUGAUUUCCGCCGAAUUUCUAUCACUGUUCAAAGGGGAAAGAAAACACGCAAACAUUUUUGCGUGAACAAAGGGAGAGAAUCGGGAACUUGGCGACGAAUCACUGCGAUUUACUUUUUGUUUUUGGCGUUUCGUCGGAUUUAGCUUUAAAAUUGAUCGACGCCCCUCUGAUCGCGUGUGCUUCAGAUGCUCUGUUUUUUUGUUUUGUGUGUGACAAGUUUGCUGAUGGGAAUAUUUUUGUGCUUGACAACGGCAAUGAUGUGUGUAAAUGAAGGAUUGAUUUUUUUUACUCCAGAA